CUACCCUAGGCAACAAAGUGAGACUCUGUCUCAAAAAAAAAAAAGAAAAAAAGAAGAAGAAUGUGAGGAUUUAGUAAACCCUGGGACCAUUUAUGUGAAUUUAUUAAUGUUAAGAGAAUGAAGUCUUGUUCCUUCUAAUCCCAACAAAAGAGCUUUAUCAUGUAACGGCCUCAUGGCAAACAACAAAAAAGAAAAACAGUAAUUUGUUUAUAGAAAUAAAUAAUCAAAUGAAAAAUGAAUAAUAUUAAUACAUUAAUGAUACUUCGGGUGGAUAUAUAAAGUUAACAUCCAAAUUAGGACACUUUUGAGAGGGGAGGGAUUGGGCACUCAAAUUACAGUUUAUAUUUAUUCAGUGCUAGCUAUGUACCAGAUACUAAGAUGAGUUUUCUAGCUAGCUUUAGUUGCCAACAUUAUUCCUUCUUAAUAUAUGUUAAAUUCUUUGACAAUGUACUAUACAUAAUUCUGCUGACCUUAACUCUUUAUUUAAAAAAAAAUUGGUACCCACUAUAUAACAAGCUGUGUCCUAGGGGAUGAGGAAAUGAAGAUGAUUAAUAUAUAGUUCUGGUUGUUAAUGAUCUAUCAGUGUGGUUGAGAGAGUCUGCAAACAAAAUUUCAAUGUAAUAUGGUAAAGUGCCAUGAAGAUAGUAUGGUUUCUGAAGAUCCCAGCUAGUAUUUUAGUAUAUUAUGUGAUAUAUCUUUUAGGGUUAAGAUUAUAAUAUAUUUGAAUUUUGCAAGAAAGAUUUUACUUUUGAAAAGAAGUUUAGCAAAAGAAAAGACAGGGUACAGCUAAUUGUACAUAUAAGUGGUUUCUUUUCUGUCAUAGAAAGUAUAUUGGGUGUGUAUGUGCAUUGUUCAGUUCUUUGUCACAAGGGGAUGCAUUUUCAUAUCUGUAAUUUUAACCACACUCAAGUUAUAUGCUGUGAAGAGUCUGGCAUAUUCCUCUGACACAUCUGGUAGAUAUGGAUGGCAUUAAUUAGCAUAGGUAUUGCUAUAAAUGACAUGCCAGUCCAGGACAACAAAAAGUGUUUGUUACUGAUGUCAAUCAUUUAUCCUUUGUCAGUUCAAAAGGCUUCCCUAAAGGAAUGUGCAUUGAUCUGCACUGACCCAAAAUACUGCAAAACCAUUUCUGUGUCCUAGAAACCAAAGCAGACUACCUGUGUAUGAACAGCUAUAUGGAAAUAUUCAUAUAGAAAGUGCAUGUUGAUAAGUUUCUGUGGUAAGACUUUUUAAUUAGGCCAAGAUUAGUUGAAUCUUUGGAAAAUAAAACUAACUAGCAACUGUAAUAAAAUCUAUACCAGAGUGGGUUUUCUCCCUCAAUGGCUUUAAUUUUUGGUAAUCAAAUUUGUGUUUUGUUUUACCUUGAAAUAAUUUUGAGUUAUACUGUGUAAAUGAUUGCAAGUACUACUUAUAUUGGUUAAAAAGAGAAGGGGAUCACACAAGUAUCAGAUAAAUGUAAUCAGAUUUGUAAUCAGAUAAAUGGUUUAAAGAGCUGCUCUUUGCCCAUAUAUAUUUUAGUUUUUGUACUUAACUCUUCUGUUAUAGUUAUUGAUUGGCUUUGUUUACUAUUUUACCAUAAUACUUUAUUUUUAAAAAAUAAUAACCACCAGUGUAAUGUGUUACGUUUCUGAGCAAAAACUGAUUUUAAAGUGCUUUCACGCAGAUUUUCCCCAAACAUUUAUAUUUUGCUUCCAAUUUUACCUGAUAUGUAAAUGUCCCCCCCUACAUUUUAAUUUAGCAUUUAGUGGAAGGGAAUAUGAAUGAUUUGAAGAUAAGGCAAGGGGGGUGAUCCAGGGUAUGGCAUAUGUGGAAGACAUUUAUCUUAAUAUUUAAUUUUAAUGAGGCAAAAAAUACUCAUCAUUAGAAACCUACAUUUUGAUAAAAUUUUUAGAAUAGAAUUCAGUCUCUUAAACUUAUGAAUGUUCAUACCACUAAAGGUCAGAUACUCACACAUCACAAUUCUGUGUCCUUGUAAAGAAAGGUAGGAUGUAUUGUGUUUUUACAUCUUAUACAUUUGUUAGAGAGUUAAGAUGAAACCAGAUUUAGAACAUACCCAUGUUAUAUACUCUAAUUUGCCCAAUAUGCCUUAUGGGAACAGCAGUUUCCCAACCUUUGUACCAUUUUAAAAAUUCUUGUUUCAGAUUUCUUGCCAUCUUACAGACUCUGUACUGUCUGGUUUUGGUCUGUCUUAUGCUUUUAAAGUCAUCUUUUUUUUAUUAUUCCAUUAAAUUUUUUAAAAAUGGAUUUCCCUUUACACUUUUCUAAUCAUCCUGUAAUGCUUUAGCCCUAAGACAUUAAAAUGAAUGAGUAAAAAUAUUUGAUACCUAAUCGUCUCUGCCAGUCCACUCAAACUCAUGGAUUUGCAAAAUUAUGUUAGUCUUUUAAAAAUACAUUUGAGAGGCUUUUGUAGUCAUUUGGAUUUUGAAUAUUAAUUUUCUCUUGCUAUGCUGCUUAGACAUAAAAAUGAAAAAGAAGAUAAAUGUGGGUUUCUUUUAGUGGUGUUAAUUUAAAUACUAGAUUUAUUUAUUAUAAUGUUUAACAAGGCAACUCCUAUAUUUCUCUUCACUUCAGAUCCAACAGAUAAUAAUGGGAAGCUCCCACUCCCCAGUAUAAGAAGAAAAAUGUUUGAUGCAUUUUGUAAUAAUUGAUUAAAAGUAUAAUUUCCCCCUAGAUCAAACAAAUAAUAGAAGUCUGUUGAAGCUUUGUCCUGACCUAUUCUGGAAGUAGAAGAAUCCCCUGGAGAAAGGAUCAUUGUAAGCACAAAGAAUAAGAUUUCUCGAUCCUGGGAGAGAGAAUAAAAGUCUAACCCCCCAAAUGGCUACUCUAAUGUGAUGCUGGGAUUGAAUUUUCCUAGGACUCCAUUUCAAGAUUGACUCGAAAGUCUCACAGAAGAUCUAGAAGAAAUAGGUAUUAAGUCAUGAUGCAGGAAUCUGCGACAGAGACAAUAAGCAACAGUUCAAUGAAUCAAAAUGGAAUGAGCACUCUAAGCAGCCAAUUAGAUGCUGGCAGCAGAGAUGGAAGAUCAAGUGGUGACACCAGCUCUGAAGUAAGCACAGUGGAACUGCUGCAUCUGCAACAACAGCAGGCUCUCCAGGCAGCAAGACAACUUCUUUUACAGCAGCAAACAAGUGGAUUGAAAUCUCCUAAGAGCAGUGAUAAACAGAGACCACUGCAGGAAUUGCUUCCAGAAACAAAAUUAUGUGUCUGUGGCCACUCUUCUGGUGAUGGGCAUCCUCACAACACAUUUGCAGUGCCUGUGUCAGUGGCCAUGAUGACUCCCCAGGUGAUCACCCCUCAGCAAAUGCAACAGAUCCUUCAGCAACAAGUCCUGUCUCCUCAGCAGCUGCAAGCCCUUCUCCAGCAGCAGCAGGCAGUCAUGCUGCAGCAGCAACAACUACAAGAGUUUUACAAGAAACAGCAAGAGCAGUUACAUCUUCAGCUUUUGCAGCAGCAGCAACAGCAGCAGCAGCAACAGCAGCAGCAGCAACAGCAGCAGCAGCAGCAGCAGCAGCAGCAGCAGCAGCAGCAGCAACAGCAGCAGCAGCAGCAGCAGCAGCAUCCUGGGAAGCAACAGCAGCAACAGCAGCAGCAGCAGCAGCAGCAGCAGCAGUUGGCAGCCCAGCAGCUUGUCUUCCAGCAGCAGCUUCUCCAGAUGCAACAACUCCAGCAGCAGCAGCAUCUGCUUAGCCUUCAGCGUCAGGGACUCAUCUCCAUUCCACCUGGCCAGGCGGCACUUCCUGUCCAAUCGCUGCCUCAAGCUGGCUUAAGUCCUGCUGAGAUUCAGCAGUUAUGGAAAGAAGUGACUGGAGUUCACAGUAUGGAAGACAAUGGCAUUAAACAUGGAGGGCUGGACCUCACUACUAACAAUUCCUCCUCGACUACCUCCUCCACCACUUCCAAAGCAUCACCACCAAUAACUCAUCAUUCCAUAGUGAAUGGACAGUCUUCAGUUUUAAAUGCAAGGCGAGACAGCUCGUCACAUGAGGAGACUGGGGCCUCUCACACUCUCUAUGGCCAUGGAGUUUGCAAAUGGCCAGGCUGUGAAAGCAUUUGUGAAGAUUUUGGACAGUUUUUAAAGCACCUUAACAAUGAACAUGCAUUGGAUGACCGAAGCACUGCCCAGUGUCGAGUGCAGAUGCAGGUGGUGCAACAGUUAGAAAUACAGCUUUCUAAAGAACGCGAACGUCUUCAAGCAAUGAUGACCCACUUGCACAUGCGACCCUCAGAGCCCAAACCAUCUCCCAAACCUCUAAAUCUGGUGUCUAGUGUCACCAUGUCGAAGAACAUGUUGGAGACAUCCCCACAGAGCUUACCUCAAACCCCUACCACACCAACGGCCCCAGUCACCCCGAUUACCCAGGGACCCUCAGUAAUCACCCCAGCCAGUGUGCCCAAUGUGGGAGCCAUACGAAGGCGACAUUCAGACAAAUACAACAUUCCCAUGUCAUCAGAGAUUGCCCCAAACUACGAAUUUUAUAAAAAUGCAGAUGUCAGACCUCCAUUUACUUAUGCAACUCUCAUAAGGCAGGCUAUCAUGGAGUCAUCUGACAGGCAGUUAACACUUAAUGAAAUUUACAGCUGGUUUACACGGACAUUUGCUUACUUCAGGCGUAAUGCAGCAACUUGGAAGAAUGCAGUACGUCAUAAUCUUAGUCUGCACAAGUGUUUUGUUCGAGUAGAAAAUGUUAAGGGAGCAGUAUGGACUGUGGAUGAAGUAGAAUACCAGAAGCGAAGGUCACAAAAGAUAACAGGAAGCCCAACCUUAGUAAAAAAUAUACCUACCAGUUUAGGCUAUGGAGCAGCUCUGAAUGCCAGUUUGCAGGCUGCCUUGGCAGAGAGCAGUUUACCUUUGCUAAGCAACCCUGGACUGAUCAAUAAUGCAUCCAGUGGCCUACUGCAGGCCGUCCACGAAGACCUCAAUGGUUCUUUGGAUCACAUCGACAGCAAUGGGAACAGCAGUCCAGGCUGCUCACCUCAGCCGCACAUACAUUCAAUCCAUGUCA